GACCAGAGGACGAGAGUCGAGACUAGCGCGAGCGCCCGAGACCAAAGUCGCUGCUCAUCGUUAUGUCCGCGGGCCGAAUCACCAUGAAGUCACUCGCUAAAUUCGGGUUCUGCCUGACAAUUCUCCUGACUUCGGUGGCUGCGGCGCAGGGCGACAAACGGGAGUGUGCGUUCACUGACCAGCAGCAGCAGUGGGAGCUGGAGCGGGUGGCGGGGGGCGAAGGCCGGGUCUCCCCAGAGAACACCACCAUCCGAUGUACCAAGGGCAAGCACUGUUUCGGCCUGUGGCAGAAAAGUCCUCCAGGCGAAGUGCAACUCGUCAAACAAGGUUGCUGGACUCACCUGGACGACCACCAGGGUUGCCGUGACGAUCGCUGCGUCGUGACCAACCUCCCUCCACAGAUCCAGAAUGGGACGUACCUGUUCUGCUGCUGCGGCAGUGACAUGUGUAAUGUCAACUUCACGGAGGACUUCCUGCCUCCCAGCCCAACCACCCCACAGCCCAUCUACUCUACUAUACUGGGCUACGAAGAGACCAUAAUUAUCGCCCUGGCAGCAGUCUCCGUGAUGGCCGUGGUUGCUGUAGCAGCCUUCUUUGCUUACCGCAUGAUGCAUGGAAACGGUAAACAAGGCCUUCACAAUCUGAACAUGGUGGAAUCUGCUGCCUCUGAGAGCUCUCUGGACCUAGACAGUCUCAAAAUGCUGGAGCUGAUCGGGCGUGGCAGGUAUGGCGCCGUCUACUGUGGCUCGCUGGAUGAACGGCCCGUUGCUGUGAAGGUGUUCACUGCUGCCAACUACCAGAACUUCCUCAAUGAAUGCACCAUCUACCGGCUGCCGCUGCUGGAGCACGACAACAUUGCACGCUUCGUAGCCGCUGACGAGCGCACGGGCCCAGAGGGGCGCAUUGAGUACCUGCUGGUCAUGGACUACUACCCACUGGGCUCCCUGAGUCGCUACCUGAGUGUCCAGACCAACGACUGGGUCAGCAGCUGCCGGCUGGCUCACUCGGUCACCCGCGGCCUGGCCUAUCUGCACACGGAGCUCGUCAAAGGAGAUCUGUACAAGCCAGCCGUGUCCCACAGGGACCUGAACAGCCGUAAUAUCCUCGUCAAGGCCGAUGGCACAUGCGUCAUCAUCGAUUUCGGCCUGUCCAUGAAGCUGACAGGGAACCGGCCGGCACGUCACGGGGAGGAGGAGAACGCCGCCAUAAGUGAGGUGGGAACAAUCCGCUACAUGGCCCCUGAGGUGCUGGAGGGAGCUGUGAACCUGAGGGACUGUGAGUCGGCGCUAAAGCAGGUGGAUAUGUACGCCCUGGGCCUGGUCUACUGGGAGACCUUUAUGAGAUGUACCGACCUCUUCCCUGGAGAGUCUGUGCCAGAGUACCAGAUGGCCUUUCAGGCGGAGGUAGGGAACCACCCGACAUUUGAGGACAUGCAGGUUCUGGUGUCCAGGGAGAAGCAGCGGCCCAAAUUCCCUGAGGCAUGGAAAGAGAACAGCCUGGCGGUUCGCUCCCUCAAGGAGACGAUGGAGGACUGCUGGGACCAGGACGCAGAGGCCCGCCUCACGGCGCAGUGUGCCGAGGAACGACUGGCAGAGCUGCUCCUCAUAUGGGACCGCUCCAAGUCCGUGAGCCCCACGCUCAACCCCAUGUCCACCACGCUGCACAACGAGAGAAACCGUAUGACACCAAAGUCUGGCCCGUACACAGACCAUCCCUCCACCUACAUCGAGGAGCACGAGGGUGUGGCCAAGAACACGCAGGCUGACACCACGGGUCCGGCUGGUGGCAGAGCGGUGACGGGGACCGGCGAGAGGAACAGGAACUCCAUAAACCAAGAGCGGCAGCAGCAGGCCAACGCCCGUCUGCCGAGCCCGGAGGGCAGCAGCACCAGCGUGGGUCUGAGAGGGAGCCCCUCCACCUCCACCACAACCACCACCAUAGUCUCUGAGUCCGAGGGGCCGGCGGGGGCUGCUACCGUUCCCGUUUGCCUCCACCUGACACAAGAAGACCUGGAAACAACCAAGCUCGACCCAAAGGAGGUGGACAAGAACCUGAAGGAGAGCUCGGACGAGAACCUGAUGGAGCACUCGCAGAAGCAGUUCUGCUCCCCAGACCCACUCAGCCCGGGCAGUUCCAGUCUGCUUUACCCCCUGAUAAAGAUGGCCAGCGAGGCCUCAGGCACGUCUGACCCCGCCGCACCCAUUCCCACCACCAUCUUCCCCCUGCCCAAGCAGCAGAACCUGCCCAAGAGGCCGUCCAGCCUGCCGCUGCGCAACAAGCCGGCCAAGAAAGAGUCGUCGUCCUCGCUCAGGUUCAAGUUUGGACGCUCUGGGAAGUCCAACCUGCGGCAGGUGGAGGGAACAAAGAUGAACAUUGGCGUCGUACCAGGCACAAACACAGCUGCGGAGGCUCACCGGGGCCCAGGCACCAACAACAUACCUGCUCUGCGAGACGCGCAUGUGAACGGUAGCAUUAACGACUCUGUCCACGCCAGCGCUGGCAUGUCGUCCAUGGCGACAGGGGGAGCGACCGGGUUCGGGGGAUCCAGCCUCGCUCAGAACAGAUCUGGGGCUCUGAGUUCGGACGACGCCCACCUGAGCCUCGGCGUCAUCACAGCGAGCCCCGACGAACACGAACCGCUGCUGAGCCGAGAGCGAGAGCAGCCCGACCCGAGGGAGGCGCCGCCCGGCGUGUCCGCCCUGCGCUCGGCCCGCCCCAACACCAACAACAACAACAGCAACACCAACACCGGCCACGGCCAGGGGGACGGCGAGAGCGAGGGAGAGAGCGACGGCGGGGACGAGGUGGCAAGCACAGAGACGGGAAACAGGGAAGCUACAGGGCCGCUGGGAGAGUGCUCGGGCUCCGGGUGUGGGGCCUCGGACUCCCAGAAGGAAGCGCCGGUCACCAUGAGGGGGGAAGCUCUGCUCAGGCAGCCCAGAGCACGUCGGCCUGAGAGACCCAACUCCCUGGACCUGUCCUUCACCACACAGGACCUGGCCUCACUAGGGGAGGUCCUGCAGCCAGAUGGAGACUCUGGCACAGGAGAGAAGAUCAAGAAGCGCGUCAAAACGCCUUAUUCCCUCAAGAAGUGGCGGCCCACCACGUGGGUCAUCUCCACAGACACGCGAGGGCCCGAGGUCAACAACAACGGGUCGUCGCGCGGCCAGGGCCACAGUCAGAACCGGCCCAAGUCCAGUUCGGCCAUCUACCUGCGGGGGGGCAGCCUGGCCGGCGAGCCCGGGGACACGCACGUGUGAACUGAGCCCCUGAAGCGAGGACUGAAACCCAGAACCAGAGGGGGCUGGUGGGCUCGCCGCUCUGAAUCAGCAAGAGGAAGCUACGAGUGUGUUGUGAACAAACAGUCGAGUCCGAUUGUGUACAGUAAACUAGGACUGUCUCGCUCCUGUGUGUCUUUCUGAUGACGGCAUUUGCUUUAAAUGGAAUCCAGCUAUGCAGCAUUCUCGUCCGCUUCUGUUCCCGCAUUCAAUUCAUCUCUCUGUUGUCCGUUGGUCUUUCAUGGUUCAUAUCUCACAAGCAUAGCGACAUUACUGUGGAUUUCUUUCUGUGUUGUUGUUUUUUUUUUCCUGAGCACUUUGAAUCGAUUAAAAUCAGUGUUUAAAAUCCCGUCUGUUGCGACCGCGAUAAGAAGUGGUCUCUAAACUUAAAACAGCGAUGAACAACAAUCAACACUUUGAGCGUUCUCCUUCCUAAACUUAGUCGGCUCUGUAAAGAAAAAAAAGAGAGUCUUAAAAGACGGAACAAAGUACUUUAAGUUUUUUGUAUCUUUAUUAUUUGUAUGCAAAACCAAUUUGUCCCUUUUUCUGAACAUGUAUCCAUUUCUGUAUCAUAAUUUUUAAUUGUGCAAUAGGAUGUAGCUUUUAGAUGCGUUCAUGUUUUUAUGGUUUUGUUAUGUUGCUUGUAUCCCAUCAUUUUUUGAUAUGUUAAUCUCUGUUGCACUUAUGAAUAGUCACAAUCAUAUUGUAAACAAUCCACCACUCAUGCUAUCACCCCCUCCCCGGACUUGAGGAGGCAACACAAGACAAUCCCCUCCUUGUUUCCUCCCUUCCUUGUCUCCUUCCCUCCUUGUCUCAACUACCAUUUGAGGGGCACAUACAUUAGCAAUCAAUCAACGCCAGCAGACUGUUGUUGUUGUGUGUCUCCACGGACCUUCUCUGCUUGCACAAUUAGACCAGGAAUGAUGCUCCUGGGCUCAUUUAACACUACAAUCACCAUGAUGAAACACGCAGAGGGAUCUGUUGCUGUGGGUGCCGCCGUCUCGGUACCACUAUCACCCUGACCUCACUGUGGAUUGUUCUGCCUGUGCGUUUAGCUGUUCCUGAAAAGCCUGAACUGUGGAGAAACACAAACCUGUCAUUACAAAAAAAAACAAUCUUUCUUGGAAACCUGCUGGAUAUUGUUUUUGUGUCUUGUGGUCUCAUCCCCUGGUGUUUGGAUGACUGACUUUAAAGCGUGUGCGUGCAUGUGAAAGGUUCCUUUUCGUUCCAAGCAUUAGCACCGUCGGGGCUUAGCACUGUACAGGCUGUGCUGAAAUGUCAUUGUACUCAUCCUGUAUCCUCAGCGUUGCUUCAGGGCAUAUGAAAAUAUCUCAUCUAUUGUUUUUGUAAACUGUAAUUUGUAAGAAAAAGAAAGCCUAUGUAUGUGUAUUGCAUUGAUAUUUGCAUCAUUUUUAUGGAGUUCUGUUUUGCAUUCAAUGGACACAGCCUCUGACUCCGUUGCUAUGCGUCUGCUCGGUACACUUUCUGUAAACAUUUUCAAGUCAAUAUGGAAGAAAAAAAUUUCAAUAAAUGUAUGAAGUAAU